CGCCGCCCGCCUAGGCACGGUCGCCGCUAGGCACCGGCGCCUGCCAAGGAAGGGCUCCGGGCCACGCACCCGCUAUGUGGGGUGGCGGUGUGGCCCGGUGGGCUUCGCGUUGUCGUGGUGCUUGCAAGCGAGCCGGCAGCCGGGUGGCGCAGUUGCCUGCCAGCCUGCCGGCUUUUUUUGUUUGGCGGCCCGCGGUGUUCUAUUAUGGAGCGCCUUAGCGGGGGCGCUGGCAUGGGUUUGGCCGCACGCAGGGACCGCCGACGGACACCCCAGGUCGGUGGUCCGCUUUGUCUUCGCCCCAUUCCUCUAUUGGGCCUUGGCGCGCCUGCGGAAAGGCGACCAUACCAGCGGGCUCAAUUUUGAGCCCGGUGCUAUGGUUGAUCCCCGUUGUCGGGCUUCCCCGUCUCGCCUGUUGCCCCGGGGUUUCGGCCUGCUCUGUGGGGCGUGUGUGUCUUGUUGUGCCGUGACAAGCGUGGCGCCAGAUGCAAAAUUGCGAAACUCGCAAAAACCUCGCGGAAAUCUCGCAAAAUUGGGCCCCGCUCCGUUAACGCAGAUUUUGUUUGUAAUGUUUGGCCAGGCCAGGUCAAAAGAGCUAAUGGAGCAGGAGGGAAUGCAACUUGCCGAGGAAACUGGGCUGGACGUAUUUUGGCGGCCAAAGCAAGAUGUGAAAACCCUGGCCAAUGUCGCGAUGCGCAAGAACGGCAGCAGUGUGCUUGGAUUUCAGCGCGACAUCGAUUAUUGUGCCCGGGUCGGGCCCAAUGCCAUGUGCUUCUGCGGGUUUUGUUUUCAGCAACACGCCCCGAGCGCUCGGCUCGCGGAUGCGGACGGGUUUGGCUGGAAAAAGAGCUUGCAUAACAUGGCGCGGGCACACAACCCCAAGUACGACUGGUCCUUCGCUGAUGAUAUCGCGCCCGAAAACGACACUCCCUGCUCCAGAUUCCGGUUUUUUCCCUGCACUGCCGCGGAGCGGUCGACGCUGGACAUGCGCGAAGUGUUUCAGCACAACCGCGUGAAAGACGUGAGUCUGACAGAAGAAGAGAAGCGGCAGGGGGUCGAAGCCGGCUUGUGCAUGAACUGCGGCCUGAGUCCCACGGUGCAUAAUGUGGAAACGCUUCUCUGUCCAAUGGCCUCAACGCAGCCUGGUGCGAACCGGACCCGGACAAGAUACGAGUCCGCGUGGGAGUGCGUCGUGUGCGAUCGAAAGUGGGAGGACCAUGAGACCGUGGUGCAGCUGCGCGAGGAGCUGGACCCCUAUCAGGUGAAGGCACCGAAUGACGCCAGAGUCAUCCCCCUAGGGCAGAUUCUCAACGAGAAUAGCUAUGGACUGCUGGGCAAUUACCGGGAUUCAGACCACUAUCUGGACAAGAACCUGAAGCACCGGAUAGCGCGGGAGAACGAUGCCUUCCGAGAACAACUCAAGAUGCCUGCGCGAGGGAAGUGCAUCGUGCCGGCGGAAGGCAGACCGGGCCUGCACGUGGAGCGUUUUUUUGAUAUCCCUUUGCGGGGCAAAGACGCACUACCUACGAUGAUUGACACCUCUGGCGCGUUUCAGGGGCGAGGGAGCAUGGCAUACGGUAAUUCUGGGAAAAAAGAGGACGAUGUUGGUUCUGAAUUUGUCGGCCAACGUGCGGACGGGUCCUGGUCACACAUUUGCUAGAUUUUUUGGUCAAACGAAUACAAAUUAAUCUAAGUGUACAUCUGUAGCUGCAGUGCAGCACGACUAUUGUCGUAUCUGGUUCGGUUUCUGCUUGCAAUGAUUUGUUUGUCCGCCGAGCGACAUCAUCUUCAAUUGUAAUUGUAAUCUUCAAUUUCACAGGUCAUUUAUACAUGCAUAGCAUCCAGCACUUCCACUUCAAUCACCACAGCCGAUAUUGUACGAAGCGUUUCUGUUUCAAGUAUUCUUGCUCAUUCAAAGAUGACACUCUAUCUCCCAUGUUCGAAGUGUAGCUGUGGCACAUGAUAGCACUUUCAACGAAGAGUGAGGUAGUGUUGAAACAUCUGUAAAAAAAAGGUAGACAGUGACUGUGCCUGAUAUUCAGACGUGGGAUGACGAU